AUGAGACUCCCUUCUGCAGGCUUCCUACUGCUGUGCAUGUUGCAAUUGGCUUCGUGUGCAGAGGAUUUUUAUAAGCUCCUGGGCAUAGAUAAGUCGGCUUCAGAGAGGGAUAUCAAAAGCGCAUACCGGAAACUUAGCAAGAAAUAUCAUCCUGACAAGAAUCCUGGGAAUGCAACAGCUAAGCAAAAGUUCGUUGAAGUUGCCGAAGCCUACGAAGCGCUUUCUGAUCCCCAAUCGCGAAAGGUGUACGACCAGUAUGGACACGAAGGUCUGAAGCAGCGUCAGCAAGGUGGCGGGGGUGGAGGGGGCCACGAUCCUUUUGAUGUCUUUUCUCGAUUCUUUGGUGGGGGUGGACAUUUUGGCCAUCAACAUGGACAGCGACGUGGACCGGACAUGGAAGUCCGGGUUGGGGUUCCGCUACGUGAUAUUUAUAAUGGACACACGACGGAGUUCCAGCUUGAGAAGCAACAGAUCUGUGAAGAGUGCGAGGGAAGCGGAAGUGCUGAUGGCAAGGUUGACACCUGCGCCAGUUGUGGUGGGCACGGUGUUAAGAUUCAAAAGCACAUGCUUGCUCCAGGCAUAUUUCAACAGGUUCAAGUGAAUUGUGACGUUUGUGGUGGACAGGGCAAGACUAUAAAGCAUAAAUGUCCUGUCUGCGCGGGUUCUAGGGUCGUCAGAAAGGUCAACACCUUUACCUUGGUCAUUGAUAGAGGAGCGCCGAAAGGACAGAGAAUCAAGUACGAAAACGACGCAGACGAGAGUCCAGAUUAUGUUGCUGGAGACCUGCAUGUUACCUUGUCAGAGAAGGAACCAAGCUUGGACGAGGACAACGAGCUGAGAGUUGACGGGACCUUCUUCCGACGCAAAGGGGACGAUCUUUACUGGCAUGAAAUUCUGUCACUGAGAGAAGCAUGGAUGGGAGGCUGGACACGAAAUCUUACGCAUAUGGACGGUCAUAUUGUCGCUCUCAAUCGCCCUCGCGGGUCGGUUGUGCAGCCAGGACAUGUCGAGCGGGUCAAAGGGGAAGGUAUGCCCAAGUGGCACGAAGAUGGCGACAGCGAAUAUCAUACAACAGAGUUUGGCGACUUAUUAGUAGAGUAUACUAUAGUAUUACCAGAUGAAAUGGAAAAGGGAAUGGAGAAAGACUUUUGGGCACUAUGGGAGAAGUGGAGAAAGAAGAAUGGCGUUGAUUUACAGAAAGAUAGCGGGCGGCCGGAAGGCCCCGUAAAGCAACCAGCCAAGGACGAGUUAUAG